AUGAAGAGUGGGACAGAGAAAGCAGAACAGAGCUCAUGGAAAAAUCAUAAAAAUGUCACAGAGUUUGAUUUUAUGGGCCUUUGGGAAAACAAACAAUUAGAGCUUCUUUUCUUUCUCUUGUUCCUGCUUUGUUACCUGGCUGUGUUACUGGGGAACUCUGUCAUACUCCUCACCGUCACUUACAGUCAGUUGAUCGAGCAAACAAUGUAUUACUUCCUAUGUUACCUGUCUCUCAUGGACCUCUGCUACACCCUCACUAUGGUUCCCAGGCUCAUCAAGUACUUGGCUGCAGCAACAAAAAACAUUUCCCGUAAUGAAUGCAGGACCCAGCUCUUCGCUGCCCACUUACUGGCGGGUGUGGAAAUCUUCAUCCUGGUGUGCAUGGCCCUGGACAGCUAUGUUGCCAUUAUCAAGCCCCUGCACUAUUUGGCUAUCAUGAACAGGAAGAGAUGUAAUAUGUUGAUUGUCAUGGCUUGGGCUGUGGGGUUCUGGUACGCCAUUGCUUUACUGCUCAUGGUGCUCAGCCUGCCUUUCUGUGGUCUCAACCACAUCAGUCACUACCUGUGUGAUAUCAAGCCUCUUUUGAAACUGGUCUGCAAAGAUAUUCAUGUUGUUAAUAUUUUAGUAAUUGCCAACUCUGAGAUGGUGGUUGCUGCGAUUUUUCUUGUACUAGUUGCUUCUUACAUGCACAUUCGGUACAAUCUGAGGACAAGAUCAUCUGUAGGGCAAAACAAAGCUCUCUCAACCUGUAGUUCUCACGUGAUGGUGGUCGUUUUAUUUUUUGUGCCCUUGAUUUAUACCUAUGUUCUACCUGCAGGAAGUGAGAAUAAGGAUAAGGAAAUUUCUGUCUUUUACACUGUGAUUGCCCCCAUGCUGAAUCUCCUCAUCUACACUCUGAGGAACACUGAGAUGAAAAGCACUCUGCGCAAGUUGUGGUCUCGAAUGUCACAUUCAGAGUUGUAA